CCUGCCAGGUGUGAGGCAAGGCCUUCCCUGCCGCUGAGUCCCAGCAGAUAAAGGAAGCCCUGCGAGCCUGAGCCCCAAGCCAUUCCUGCGCGCCCUGCCUGCCAUGUCCCGCAGCUGUGCGCCGUUCACCUGGGCCCUCCUCGCCCUCCUCGGACUUGGGGCACCUCGAGAAGACCCAAACACCUGCUGCCCCAUCGUACCCCGGAGGGAGUGGAAGGCCCUGGCGUCCGAGUGCUCCCAGCGCCUGAGCCUGCCUGUGAGAUACGUGGUGGUGUCGCACACGGCCGGCAGCAACUGCAACACCCCGGCCUCAUGCCUGAAGCAGGUCCAGAAUGUGCAGCACUACCACGCGCGGACCCUGGGCUGGUGCGAUGUGGGCUACAACUUCCUGAUCGGAGAAGACGGGCUCGUGUAUGAGGGCCGGGGCUGGGACACCGAGGGCGCCCACACAGGGAGCACCUGGAACCCCAUGUCCAUCGGCAUCUCCUUCAUGGGCAACUACAUGGAGCGGUCGCCACCACCCCGGGCCCUCAGGGCAGCCCAGAGUCUGCUGGCUUGUGGAGUGGCUCUGGGAGCCCUGAGCCCAAAAUACGAGGUCAAAGGACACCGGGAUGUGCAGCAGACACUUUCCCCAGGUGACCAGCUCUACGAAAUCAUCCGGACUUGGCCACACUACAGCGAGUGAGGCCCUUCUACUGUCCAGGCCAGAAAUCUCCCUGCCUUCCCCUCGAAUAAAGGUGCAGCUCAAACUGUU